GCUCCUUUCCAGCAUGCUGCGGCGUGGCAGCCAGGCGCUCCGGAGCUUCUCCACCGGCCGGGUUUAUUUCAAAAACAAACUGAAGUUGGCACUUAUUGGCCAGAGCGUCUUUGGACAGGAAGUCUACAGCCACCUUCGCAAAGAGGGCCACAGAGUAGUAGGGGUGUUUACAGUUCCAGACAAGGAUGGAAAAGCUGACCCACUGGGUUUGGCUGCAGAGAAAGAUGGGACCCCUGUGUUCAAGUUCCCUCGAUGGAGAGUCAAGGGCAAGACCAUCAAGGAGGUGGCAGAUGCCUACAGAUCCGUGGGUGCAGAGCUAAAUGUGCUGCCCUUCUGCACACAGUUCAUCCCCAUGGAUGUGAUCGAUGGCCCAAAGCAUGGCUCCAUCAUCUACCAUCCAUCCAUCCUGCCCAGGCACAGAGGAGCCUCUGCUAUCAACUGGACUCUAAUUAUGGGAGACAAAAAAGCUGGAUUCUCUGUUUUCUGGGCUGAUGAUGGUUUAGAUACAGGACCGGUUCUUCUGCAGAAAUCAUGUGAUGUGCAACCCAAUGACACAGUGGACUCGCUUUAUAAUCGAUUCCUUUUUCCUGAAGGAAUCAAGGCCAUGGUGGAAGCUGUUCAACUCAUAGCUGACGGAAAAGCUCCUCGUGUUCCUCAGCCAGAAGAAGGGGUGACAUAUGAAGGUAUCCAGAAAAAGGAAAAUGCUGAGAUUUCUUGGGAUCAGCCUGCUGAAGUGUUGCAUAACUGGAUUCGAGGUCAUGAUAAAGUCCCUGGAGCUUGGACAGAGAUAAAUGGACAGAUGGUUACUUUCUAUGGCUCUACGUUACUAAACAGCUCUGUGCCUUCCGGACAACCUCUGGAAAUUAAAGGUGCCAAGAAACCUGGUCUUGUUACCAAAAACGGACUUGUUCUUUUUGGUAACGAUGGAAAAGUGCUGAUGGUGAGAAAUCUGCAGUUUGAAGAUGGAAAAAUGAUUCCUGCCUCUCAGUACUUUUCAGCGGGUGAGACUUCGGUGGUGGAACUUACAGCUGAAGAGGUGAAGGUGGCAGAGACCAUCAAGGUUAUCUGGGCUGGAAUUUUAAGCAACGUCCCUGUUAUUGAAGACUCAACUGACUUCUUUAAAUCUGGAGCAAGCUCAAUGGAUGUUGUCAGGCUGGUUGAAGAGAUCAGACAGAAAUGUGGUGGGCUUCAGUUACAGAAUGAAGAUGUCUAUAUGGCCACCAAGUUUGACGACUUCAUCCAAAAAGUGGUGAGGAAACUGAGAGGAGAGGAUCAAGAGGCAGAGCUGGCCGUGGAUUACGUCUCAAAGGAGAUCAAUGAAAUGACAGUAAAAAUGCCAUAUCAGUGUUUCAUAAAUGGACAGUUCACAGAUGCUGAUGAUGGAAAAACUUAUGACACUAUCAAUCCAACAGAUGGAUCGAUAAUAUGCAAAGUAUCCUAUGCUUCUUUGGCGGAUGUUGAUAAAGCAGUAGCAGCAGCAAAAGAUGCUUUUGAAAAUGGUGAAUGGGGAAGAAUGAAUGCAAGAGAAAGAGGAAGAUUGAUGUACAGACUUGCAGACCUACUGGAAGAGAACCAAGAAGAGCUGGCAACCAUUGAAGCCCUCGACUCAGGGGCUGUCUACACUUUGGCUCUGAAGACUCACAUUGGAAUGUCUGUGCAAACAUUCAGAUAUUUUGCUGGCUGGUGUGACAAAAUUCAGGGUUCUACAAUUCCAAUCAACCAGGCCCGUCCAAAUCGCAACCUGACCUUCACCAAGAAGGAGCCGCUUGGUGUCUGUGCCAUUAUCAUUCCCUGGAAUUACCCUUUGAUGAUGUUGGCGUGGAAGAGCGCUGCGUGUUUGGCAGCAGGCAAUACCUUAGUGCUCAAGCCAGCACAGGUCACACCCUUGACUGCUUUGAAGUUUGCAGAGCUCUCCGUGAAAGCAGGCUUUCCAAAGGGGGUAAUCAACAUCAUUCCAGGCUCAGGCAGCAUAGCAGGACAACGCCUUUCUGAACAUCCUGACAUCCGCAAACUUGGUUUCACUGGUUCCACUCCUAUUGGCAAACAGAUCAUGAAGAGCUGUGCUGUGAGCAACUUGAAGAAAGUUUCCCUGGAGCUUGGUGGCAAGUCCCCACUUAUAAUAUUCCACGACUGUGAACUUGACAAGGCUGUGCGAAUGGGCAUGGGAGCAGUAUUUUUCAACAAAGGAGAGAACUGUAUCGCAGCUGGGCGGUUGUUUGUGGAAGAAUCUAUCCACGAUGAAUUUGUGACGAGAGUGGUGGAAGAAAUUAAAAAGAUGAAAAUUGGUGACCCGCUUGACAGAUCUACCGAUCAUGGGCCCCAAAAUCAUAAGGCCCAUUUGGAAAAGCUGCUACAAUACUGUGAAGCUGGAGUGAAGGAGGGAGCCACCUUGGUGUACGGAGGAAGGCAAGUCCAAAGGCCAGGCUUUUUUAUGGAACCAACUGUGUUCACAGAUGUGGAAGACCACAUGUACCUGGCCAAAGAGGAAUCCUUCGGGCCCAUUAUGGUGAUUUCUAAAUUCCCAAAUGGGGAUGUGGAUGGAGUACUGCAGCGAGCAAAUAAUACAGAGUAUGGCUUGGCCUCAGGGGUUUUUACAAAAGACAUAAACAAAGCCAUGUAUAUGAGUGAAAAACUAGAAGCUGGAACUGUUUUCAUUAACACGUACAACAAGACGGACGUGGCGGCCCCAUUUGGUGGAGUUAAACAAUCUGGCUUCGGGAAAGACUUAGGUGAGGAAGCUCUAAAUGAAUACCUCAAAACCAAGACAGUGACACUGGAAUAUUAGAGCAACACCAUCACCAGGAACCCUUGACACCACUUCUUGACUCUGGACACACUUGGAGACCUGGAAGUGCUGGGACAGAAGGUAGCAGCCAUGAGCCAAGAAGUACACACGUGGACCAUGAAGAGGGUCAGACCACAUGUCAAAGCAUUUACACACGUGCCUGAAUAUUUUUUAAUACACCCUUUGUACCUUCAAGUGACUUACGGUUGUUGGGUUUUGACUAUGCUGUAUAUCAUACGUAUUUCUAAAAUAUCAAGCUGCUUUUUCUCUACCAGGACUAAACUGUUCGUGGUUGUCCAUCUUGAAAAUGUCAAAAUCAUGCACUUAUAAUA